AUGUCAUUCCUCGGUGGCGCUGAGUGUUCUACGGCGGGAAACCCGUUGACACAGUUUACAAAGCACGUACAAGAUGACAAGUCCCUCCAGCGGGAUCGGCUCGUUGGGAGGGGCCCAGGGGGCAUGCAAGAAGGCAUGCGGUCAAGGGGAAUGAUGGGUGGACAAGAUCAGAUGAUGGACGAGUUCGCUCAACAACCUGGCCAAAUCCCCGGGGCUGCACCACAACCAUUUGCGAUGGAACACCUGAGACGCGAGUUGGAUCAAUUCCAGACCACACCACCUCGGACUGGCUCUCCGGGUUGGGCGGCCGAGUUUGACCCCGGUGAGCAUGCUCGCAUGGAGGCUGCCUUUGCCGGGCCUCAGGGACCCAUGAUGAAUAAUGGCUCGGGAUUCACACCGGCGGAGUUUGCCCGGUUCCAGCAACAGAGUAGGGCUGGCGUGCCUCAGACUGCCAAUCCAGUUACUUCUGGUCCGUCGCCGAUGAUGUCGGGUUUCCAGCGUCCUAUGGGUAUGAGCUAUAUGGGUAUGGGUGGCAUGGGCGGCAUGGGCAUGAUGCAUUCUGCUUAUAACCCUAUGGCGAUGCAGCAGCAACCGAUGGAUGCUACCACGCAAGAUAAGGGCAAGGGACGAAUGGUCGAAUUAGACGACGAGAACUGGGAGGCACAGUUUGCCGAGAUGGAAACCGCGGAUACUCAGAAGCUGGACGAUGAGGCUAAUGAUGCUAUCGAGGCGGAACUGAACGAUCUUGACAGGUCAGUCUUCACCUCCAGCACUAGUAAAGAAGCAGAUUACGAUGCUUUUGAAAACGUAUGGCAAAAAGUUCAAGCUGAGACGGCAGCAAGCAGGAAACUGGCAGAAGAAGAUACCGAAUUUAAUGUUACUGACAGCUUACACAUGGGAGAUAUGGGAGAGUGGGAUAACUUUGACUCUCUUAACACUCGUUUCCGGGACCCUCAGCUGGGUGAUUAUAUGUUUGAAGAAGAGAACAUGUUCAAGAAUGUUAACAACCCAUUUGAAGAAGGUGUGAAGAUCAUGCGCGAGGGUGGUAACCUCUCUUUGGCUGCAUUGGCUUUCGAAGCCGCGGUACAGAAGGAUCCUCAACAUGUACAAGCCUGGACCAUGUUGGGAUCUGCUCAGGCUCAGAACGAAAAGGAACUCCCUGCCAUCCGUUCUCUGGAACAGGCUCUGAAGGUGGACCCGAACAACCUGGAUGCGCUUAUGGGGCUCGCCGUUUCUUACACAAAUGAAGGCUAUGACUCCACGGCCUACCGCACACUGGAACGUUGGCUCUCUGUGAAGUAUCCGCAGAUCAUUAACCCCAAGGAUCUUUCGUCCGAUGCAGACCUAGGAUUCACAGAUCGUCAGAUCCUUCAUGAUAGAGUCACCGACUUCUUCAUCCAGGCAGCUCAGUUGUCGCCUUCAGGAGAACAAAUGGACCCAGAUGUGCAGGUCGGCUUAGGUGUUCUUUUCUACUGUGCAGAGGAGUACGACAAGGCCGUUGAUUGUUUCUCUGCCGCCUUGGCCUCCACUGAGUCGGGAACUGUGAACCAGCGGGAGCAGCUUCAUCUGCUAUGGAACCGUCUCGGAGCCACUCUGGCCAACUCGGGUCGCUCUGAGGAGGCCAUCGAAGCUUAUGAGCAAGCCCUGAACAUUAAUGCCAACUUUGUCCGCGCGAGAUAUAAUCUGGGCGUGUCAUGUAUCAAUAUCGGUUGUUACCCAGAGGCUGCUCAGCAUCUGUUGGGCGCACUUUCCAUGCACCGUGUUGUCGAGCAGGAAGGCCGUGAGCGCGCCCGUGAGAUCAUCGGCGGAGACGGUGGUGUCGACGAUGAACAGCUUGAACGGAUGAUUCAUAUCAGCCAGAACCAGAGCACUAAUUUGUAUGACACCCUGCGGCCAACUAUGGCCGUGGCAACAGGUGCUCAGCUGAUCGCUCGGACGCUGCGCGAUGUGGGCGUUGAUGUUAUCUUCGGCAUUGUAGGAAUUCCCGUGGUGGAGAUCGCCGAGGAAGCUAUCAACCUGGGCAUUCGCUUUGUAGCCUUCCGCAACGAACAGGCAUGCAGCUAUGCGGCCAGCGUCUAUGGGUAUAUGACGGGACGACCAGGAGUCUGUCUCGUCGUAGGAGGGCCUGGUGUUCUCCAUGCAUUGGCGGGGAUUGGCAAUGCUUCCGCGAAUAACUUCCCAUUACUUGUUCUUGCCGGAUCGGCUGAAACAACAGCUGUGACUAAGGGAGCCUUCCAAGAGAUGGAUGCGAUCUCAUUCCUGACACCUCAUACUAAGUUCGCGGUGCGAACAUCAUCUAUUGAUUUCAUCCCUGGUGCUGUGAAGAACGCCUAUAGGACUUGUUGGUAUGGUCGCCCCGGUCCAACCUUUGUCGACUUACCUGCCGAUAUCAUUCAAGGCAAGGCAACUCCAGGGUUUCGUCUACCCGAGCCAGAAACCUUGCUGGUCCCAUCCCCGCCGAAGGCGAGCGGCGAUCCAACAUUGAUCCGCAAGGCUAUCCAAUUAUUGAAGACGGCACGCUCGCCGCUCCUAAUCAUCGGUAAAGGCGCCGCAUAUGCGAGGGCAGAGUCCGGAAUCGGCCGCUUAGUCGAGCAAACACAGAUCCCUUUUUUGCCCACGCCAAUGGGCAAGGGUGUCAUCCCGGACUCCCAUCCGCUGAAUGCGUCCAGUGCACGCAGCACUGCCUUGAAACAGGCAGAUGUUGUUCUGGUUCUCGGCGCACGUUUGAACUGGAUCCUACAUUUCGGUGAAGCGCCUAAAUGGUCCCCCAAAGCAAAGAUCAUUCAAGUGGACAUCUGUGCAGAGGAGAUUGGACACAAUGCUGGUACAGCAGAGCUAGGUAUCGUCGGAGACAUCGAGCUGGUCGUCGACCAACUUGUAUCCUCUUUGUCAAAUUGGCGGUACGCCCCUUCUCCCGCCGAAGGCCGGUUCCCAUCGCUCCUGGCCGAGUCAGCAAAGAAGAACGAAGUCAAAGCCCAGAAAGCGGCGCUUCGACCUACGCCCCAGGAUACCCCCCUGACGUAUCAACGCGCCUAUCAUAUUAUUAAGUCCACACUGAACUCACUGACCCCCUUCGAAGAAGGGAACAUCGUAUACGUCUCGGAAGGUGCCAACACUAUGGACAUAUCUCGUUCGAUGUUCCCUCUCAACCACCCCCGUCAACGUCUUGAUGCCGGUACAUAUGCCACUAUGGGCGUUGGCAUGGGGUACAUCGUCGCUGCCCACGAGGCAUACAACGCGUCCCCAGGCAGCAACAAGCCCAAGAAGAUCGUAGCUCUGGAAGGCGACAGUGCAUUCGGGUUCAGCGCCAUGGAAAUUGAGACUUUGGCACGUUACAAAAUCCCAGCGUUGAUAUACGUAGUCAACAACUCUGGAAUCUACCACGGAGACACCACGACAGAGCAUGCCUGGAAGACCCUGCAGGAUCAGACCGCAGCCAACGACACGAAAUCAGACGAUGGGAAGAAAGGACUACGCUCCACCAGUCUGUUGUACGAAACGCGGUACGAAAUGCUGGCCACCAUGUGCGGUGGAAACGGGUACUUCGUUCGUACCGAGGAAGAACUUGAAGCUGCUACGCGGGAGGGGUUCUCAAAUGAUACGGUCACGGUGGUGAAUCUCAUCGUUGAGCCUGGUAUCGGGAAGAAGAUUGGAUUCGCAUGGCAGGGAAAUAGCGCCCAAGAUGGCCAGGCUAAACUGUGA